AUGGCUUCCCAGGAGUUGGAGGUUGAAACAAUUAUUGACAAAAGACAAGACAAAAAUGGGAAUACAAUGUAUUUGGUUUGGUGGAAAGGUUAUGACAAACAGGAUGACACUUGGGAACCAGAACAUCACCUCAUGAACUGUGAGAAAUGUAUACAUGAUUUUAAUAGACGACAGACUGAGAAACAGAAAAAACUAGAAUGGACCAGGACAAGUAGAAUUUGUUCAAACAAUGCCAGAAGAAGAACUUCCAUAUCUACCAAAGCGGACUAUACUAAGAGCUCUCCUAAAAUGCUAGUGACUGGCAAACAACACAUAUCCAAAAGCAGCCAGUUAUAUGCUGCCAGCAAGAACGUUAGGAGAAAGGCAGCUUCACUUCUCACUGAUGCAAAGGAUAUGGAGUUAAUAAAUUCAACUCUCAAGACAUUUGCACCUGAUAGUUCUGUUGACAACAAGUAAACUGUGAGCGGCUUUCAGGAACUCAAGAAAUUGGACCCUAUUGCAGUAGAUCAGCAGGACGUGGUGGACUUCAAGGUGACAGAAGGGAAACCAGUCAGGGACCCUUUGUCAGGUCCCAGUGCAGAACAGGCUGGGACAGAGGACAAGACCCUGCUACAGCCACUAAUGUCUCAGAUGUCUGGCUCAGUUAUUGCUUCCAUGGCCACAGACUCAGCUCCCCAAAAAGCUAUAGUGGUAUUAAUAGACCCAUUAGCAGCCACUAGAACAACAGACACACGUACGUCAGUUCCAAGAGUGAAAGGUGGCAAAAGACAUGUUACUGAUGAUGACAGAGACCAGUCUUUUGUCAAGAAAAUGUACUUCAACAUAAGGCUAACAGAGAGUGCCAGCACAUACAGAGACAUUGUAGUGAAGAAAGAGGAUGGAUUCACCCAGAUAUUGCUAUCAACCAGAUCGACAGAAAAAAAUGCACUGAAUACAGAAGUAAUUAAGGAAAUAGUGAAUGCUCUGAAUAGGGCUGCUGCAGAUGACAGCAAGCUUGUGUUGUUCAGUGCAGCUGGAAGUGUCUUUUGCUGUGGUCUUGAUUUGGGGUAUUUUGUGAAACAUUUAAGGAAUGACAGAAACAGAGCAAGCUUUGAAAUGGUGAACACCAUCAAGAACUUUGUGAAUACUUUUAUUCAGUUUAAAAAGCCUAUUGUUGUAUCAGUCAAUGGCCCUGCCAUUGGACUUGGUGCUUCCAUGUUGCCACUUUGCUAUCUAGUGUGGGCAACUGAAAAGGCGUGGUUCCAAACCCCUUAUAUGACCUUUGGACAGAGUCCAGAUGCAUGUUCUACUGUAACAUUUCCAAAAAUCAUGGGUGAAGCAUCUGCCAAUGAAAUGUUAAUUGCUGGGCGAAAACUGACAGCAUGGGAGGCGUGUGCCAAAGGCCUGGUCUCCCAAGUGUUCUUGACUGGAACUUUCACCGAGGAGGUUAUGAUUCAAAUUAGGAAGCUUUUAUAUAAUGCAAUUGUGCUAGAAAAAUGUAAGACCCUUGUUCGCUGUAAUAUUAAGAUGGAGUUGGAAAAGGCCAAUGAGACAGAGUGUGAGGUGCUGAGGAAGAUCUGGGGCUCAGCCCAAGGGGUAGAAUCCAUGGUAAAGUAUGUUGAAAAUAAAAUUAAUGAGUUUUAA